CUGGAACGCAAUCUUGACAGUAGAAUUAUAAGAUCAAUAAUUCCACCUAAGUUUCAAUUAAACCCUUGUUUUUAAUCAAAAAAUAUUGUGUGGGGCGUAUCAUAUCGUACAAAACAACAGAGGAACACAGGACACCAGUAUGGCGACGGAUCCCUGGAUAGUGCAUCCUCACGAACAUGCAAAAUUCGCGGAACACUUUCGUAACCUCGGACCUGUUAAUGGACACCUUACUGGAGAACAGGCCAAGAGGUUCAUGUUACAGUCCCAGCUACCGCCUCCAAUACUGGGCCAGAUCUGGUCUCUAGCAGACACCAACGCCGAUGGGAAGCUGGAUCUACGCGAAUUCUCUAUUGCAUGCAAGAUAAUAAACCUGAAACUUCACAACAUAGAGAUCCCAAAAGUAUUGCCGCCAUCUUUACUUGCCUCCUUAAGCCCAACUGCAGCCACCCCAAAACCGGCCUUCGCAGCCCCGAGCCCAGUCCCCGCCCCGAUAAGACCCCCGAUUCCCCCCAUGCCAACCAUACCUCAACAACCAUUAAUAUCCGGUUUAUCUUCCGCCCCACCAUCAAACCAAUCACUUUUAGGCGACCUCGUAGGCCCACCCCUAACUCAACAACCCCCAUUGAUCCCACCCCUUAACCCACCCAAACCAAACGUUCCAGACUUAAUUUCCGGCCAACCGCUAGCCCAACCAUUGAUCUCUCAACCUCUUGUAGGUACUCAACCGUUAACCUCUCAACCGAUGAAUCCGCCUAUGGGACAACCUAUUCUACCACCACAGCCAUUAAACCCGCCAUUGACUCAACCUAUUAUCCCUGCCCAACCUAUCAUUCCUCCUCAACCGAUUAUUCCGCCUCAACCCGUCAACCCUCCGAUUCAACCUAUCAUUCCCACGAACAACUUAAUCGGUCAAAAUCCUCCCUUGAUUCCAAGUUUACCAACGGACUCGUUUUCAAACUUGGUUCAACCAAUUGUUCCUCAAAAUAAGGCCUUUUCGUCCCCCCCGGAAGUACCAGUCACUGGUCAGUCCCCGUUGAUGUCGAAUGCGGCGCCUGCUCCGUCGACUGUUGGGUCUCUAGUCACGAGCCCCCCGGCCGGGGUCAGUAGUCUCGCUGGGGUCAUUCAACCAGUGACUUCGACGCCGUUGGCUGCUAUGAAAAGCGAUAGCAUGUCUAAACCGGGUUCUUUGGUAACUAGUCCGACGGAGAUGCCAAUGGGAGUGAUGAGUCCCCCAGCGGCCGUCGAAUGGGGGAUCCCUCAACCACAGAAGCUGAAAUACACCCAACUCUUCAACGCGACAGAUCGAGCUAAAACCGGAUCUGUGUCUGGCGCCCAAGCUCGAUCUAUAAUGUUGCAGUCCAGACUCGCUCAGCAGGCGUUAGCUCAAAUCUGGGCCCUGGCUGACCUGGAUUCCGACGGGAAAUUGGGCUGUGAAGAAUUCGUUCUGGCGAUGUACCUAUGUGAGAAGGCGACUCAAGGAGAACCAGUGCCAGCUAAAUUACCCCCUGAACUCAUUCCACCAACAUUCCGACGUGACUCUAUUACUUCGAAUACAAGCGCGAAAUCUUACGAAGAGAGACGAAGAGAGAAUAUGGCUAGAGGACAGGCGGAGCUCGAGAGGAGACGCUCUCAGCUUGCUGACGCCGCUAUGAAAGAAAAGGCUGAAAGAGAGCGAAAAGAACGCGAGGAAGCGGAGAAGCGAGAGAAGUUGCGUCUAGAAGCUCAGAAGAGGGAACAAGAAGAACUGCUUCGGAAGCAGAAGGAAGAACAAGAAAAACGUGAGGCCGCCCGCAAAGAAAUGGAGCGGCAAUGUCAACUUGAAUGGGAGAAGAAGCGAACACGGGAAUUGGAAGCGAUGCGGACAGAGGAACAGUCAAAAGUCCUCUCCCUUAAGGCGAAGAGUCAGAGUGUAUCAGCCGAACUGAACUCCGUAGUGCUUCGCGCCAGUAACCUGGCCAAGGAUAUCCGGGAGACCAGGACUAGUGUUGCCGCAGCGAAGUGCACUAUUGAUGGCAUGAGAUCGGACCGAGACUCGAGUAUGGCUGAAAUGCAGCAACUGAAGGCCCGAGUUAAGGAACUGAACGCUAAGCAAAUAGCUCUGAAUAAGGAAAAGGCGGAACUUGAUGCUAAGGCCAAAGCAUCCGAGGGUGCAGGCGAAGACGGGAAGCUGAAUAUGAUGGAGAUCACUCUUAAACAGCUGAGAGAUAAGGUCGAAGCAGCGAAAGCUCUAGUUGAGAGCAAGAAACAAGAUCUGGAAACGAAUAAAUCCCAGCUCUCGGAACUUAGUAACACAGUCACUGAGCUGGGUGAAAAAUGCGCUCGAGUUUGGAAGCUCUAUGAAGAGAGGAGGGAGGAAUACCUCAGUAGGAGCUCUGCGCCCGCUGAAAGCGCUUGGAACGCAGAAGCCGAUUGGGGAGCUACGUCCAACGAUGCUUGGGGCGAAGAGCCGGCCGCCGACAACGCAUGGGGUGAUGCACCAGCCACUACGGCUACUGAAGUGGUGACUUCUUCGGCUGCCCCUAGAUGGCGCUGCGUGUACGAGUUCACAGCGCGCACGGCCGAUGAGUUGAGCCUCCAACCGGGAGACUUGGUCAGCGACGCCCAGCCGCCUCGUGGAGAUGCCGAGCCUGGCUGGAGAUGGGGGACAGCCCGAGGUCAAUCAGGAUGGUUCCCUGAAUCUUACGUUGAGGAUAUUAACGCUCAAACAGCUUACAGCGAAGUUGUCGAAUCAAUCGAAACGAAGACCCAACUCGAAGGCAUCGCUGAAGUGCCCGAAGCUGAAAUGUCGAAUGAUUUGGGCGGAGCCAUGCCUGUAGUACAGGGCGGUGAUUUCUACAUAGCCGCGUAUCCAUACACUUCGGCUGAACCUGGCGACCUUACCUUUGAGGCCGGUGAGAGGAUCGAGGUCAUCAGACGGGACGGUGACUGGUGGACCGGCAGGAUUGGUAUCAGAACCGGAAUUUUCCCAUCGAAUUAUGUGACCAAAGACACAACUACAGCUGUCGACGUCAUCGCUUCUAUACCGGAAGCGGAAGAGAUACCAGAGGGCCAAGCAGAGGUCGCGCCCGCCCUCCCACAGCAAAACGCGGCGCCAUACUCCCCACCCGUACAGAACGCGGCCCCGUUGUCACCGUCUGCACAGAACGCGGCGCCGUUGUCACCGUCUGCACAGGAACAAAAAUCAUCGACGCCAAUAUCUUCGGAGGUAGCUUCUAUUACGGAGGGCGCAGCCUCCAAUGGCGGGGGCGCGCGCCCCGCGUCCGCUGCGCGUAGAGAUUCCGGCAGAGAUUCCGUCACUGGGCGGAGGAAAAACGAGGUCGCACAGGCAAUUGCCAACUACACGGCUACUAGCUCUGAACAGCUUUCCUUGACCAAGGGCCAACUCCUGGUUGUCCGAAAGAAGGCCGACAGUGGUUGGUGGGAGGGAGAAUUGCAAGCCAAAGGGAGGAACAGGCAGGUCGGCUGGUUCCCCGCGAGCUAUGUCAAGAUACUCCAGUCUUCGGGCCGCACAUCAGGUAGAACUACUCCAGUUUUAUCCAAAAUGGACACGUUGCCAGCUGAAACAGUGAUCGAUAAGGUAAUCGCACUAUAUCCAUAUACCGCACAAAACGCUGAUGAGUUAAGCUUUGAAAAAGAUGACAUUAUUGCCGUCACUGAUCGCUCGCAAGACCCGGCGUGGUGGCAAGGUGAACUUCGAGGAAUGACUGGUUUAUUCCCAAGCAAUUAUGUCACAAAAUUAGUCAACUAAAUACUAAAUGUUUAGUAACACUAAUAUUGUAAUAGUUUAACUACACCGCUUAGUUUAUAGGCAAGUGCUUUUAGUGUGGACGAGCCGCUUUGUCGGCGUGAUACCACGGUUCUACGCUAAACACGGCGUUUUAUCACGCCGGGUGAGUAAAAGGCAGUAGUUGUAGACGCUCAAUCUUUUUUUACAAUCCCCACAGCAUCAAAUCUCCAACAACAUGUCAACAGUUGGGUAAAAUAGUCCCCAGACUUCAUCAAAUGACUUCUCCCGCCCAAGGUCGGGCUGGAGGGAGUGUCAGACUCUUACUGACUAAAAACCCCCCGUUCCUUCUCCUGCUCUGGGCCGAGGUCGCGGUGCCUCAUUGCGCUUACCCCUCCACCCCGGCUGAACAUCAGCCCUAUAGGGCCCCGUCUGUGGUGGUCUAUUGGCUCUUUGAGGCGCGAAGCACUUGCCUAGUUAAUAGAGUUCAUAUAAUAUAGUAGAGCUAUCAUAGUUAAUACGGUGACUGGUAAUAAGUGAAGGAUAUUUAAAAAAAAAAUUUUUGGCUUCUCCCCCGAUCCCCAAAUCUCCAAAACCCAAAUCACCAAAAGGUCAGCAACGCAUUCGUAACUCCUCCGUUGUUGCGAUUGUCCAUGGGCGGCGCUGAUUGCUUACCAUCAGGUAAUCCGUCUGCUCGUUUGAUAGUAAAAAAGUUUCACACUGACGUUUUACAAUGACGUAUUUAAAUAUAUGUCACUUAUUACCAAGCACCUUAUAAUUAUAAUUGGUUCUUAAAUAAUUUUCAGCUUAUAAUAAUUAGCACAACUA